GCCCGCAUCCAUUCCAAACACCACCCACCACUCAAACUCAUCUCGGCCCUCCUUCUGCUGUGCUCAGCUCCUCUUUGACCGCCGAGGUUGCAGCAGGCCAUGGAUCGAUCGCCAAGGGCCAAACCGCAUCAGCCAGCAACACGGGCUCCAGCGAAACCAAAUGCAGCCGUGCCGUCACCAACACCAGCAACAGCAGCACCACCCGUGGCGCCGCUGCCUCGCCGCAGGAGUGUGCCAGACAGAGCCAAGGCCCACCAAGAUACACGUGCACCCAACAAGAAGCAGGCGGGCCUCACCAGCACCACCCCUGCCAAGCCACAGCAGCAACAACAACAGCAGCGCCGAAGGGAUUCUAAGCAACAUAAGAAGGACAAGGCGGUAGCAGCAGCGGCGCUGGCCACAUCAUCAUCAUCUGCCCUGUCCUCCGACCCAGCGUCGCCGUCCUCAUCCACCACGUCGCUCACGUCGUCCACCCAAGCAGGCACAUCACGGCCCAAGCGGGGCGGUGAUCGGCAGCAGCGGCGUCGCCGCGAUGACCAGAACAUCGACGACCUGUUUGAGCGCAUCCGCGUGGUGGGCAAAGGCGCGUUUGGGCAGGCGGUGCUGUACCGCCGCAAGACCGACAGCGCCCUCGUCAUCCUCAAGGAAAUCAACCUGCACGACAUGAAGCCGCACGAUCGCGAGCUGGCCAUGAACGAGACAAAGCUCCUCAGCAUGCUUGUGGACCACCCCAACAUCAUCAGCCUCUACGACAAGUACCAGAAGGACGGUACGCUGUACAUUGAGAUGGAGUACGCUGACGGCGGCACGCUUGACCAGAUGAUCCACAGAAGCAAGGAGCCCAUCCCGGAGGAGGAGAUCUUGCGCAUCUUCAAGCAGCUGGUGCAGGCCCUCGAGUACGUGCACAGCCUGCACAUCCUGCAUCGCGACCUUAAGGUCGAGAACGUCUUCCUCACCAAGCAGGGCGUGGUGAAGCUGGGUGACUUUGGCAUCUCCAAGGCCGUCAGCACGCACGACAAGCACGCGCACACAAUCGUGGGCACGCCCUACUACAUCUCCCCCGAGCUGUGCCGUGGACUGCCGUACGACGAGAAGAGCGAUGUGUGGUCCCUCGGCUGCAUCCUGUACGAGAUGGCAGAGCGACAGAAGGCGUUCCAGGGCAACAACCUGCCCGCGCUGGUGCACAAGAUCAUGCGCGCGCGAUACGCGGGGAUGGAGGGCCCGUACUCCGACGAGCUGAAGCAGAUGGUGGCCACCAUCCUGCAGACAGACCCGGCGCGGCGGCCAACGUGCACAGACCUCCUCAACCGCCCCAUCCUGCGCAACUUGCAGCUGCCAAGCAUGACGGCAGAGACGGCAGAGAGCGGCAGCAAGGAGCAGCAGACGCCGUCGCACCCCAUGGAGUCCUCCGUCUUCUACUGGAACGUGCACGAGACCACCAUCUCCCGCGUGCAGUUUGGCAGCUCCCGCAAGGUGACCCAGGUCGUGUGCGGCAUGGAACACUGCCUGGCUCUGGAUAUGGAGCACCAGAUAUACGCCUGGGGCCAGAACUCGUGGGGCGAGCUUGGCCUCGGCGACACCACCCCGCGCGCCCACCCCGAGCGCGUGGCUGCGCUGGGCGACAGAGGCACCGUUGCCAUUGCGGCAGGCGGGCAGUGCAGCGCGUUCCUCACGCACAGCGGGAUGCUGCUGACGUGCGGGCGCUCCGACACGGGGGCGCUUGGCCACGGCACCACGAGCACGUGCAUGCGGCCCAAGCUUGUGGAGAAGCUGCUGUCGCAGGAGGUCAAGUCUGUGGCCGUUGGGGAGCACCACAUGGCUGCCAUCACGGAUGAUGCGCGCGUGUACACGUGGGGCGCAAACGACUGCGGGCAGCUCGGGCACUCGCGCACGCAGCAGCCGACGUCGCUUGUGCCGCGGCAGGUGGAUCUGCCGGAGGUGAUGAAGCCACGGCGCGUGUUCUGCGGGCCAAACGCCUCCAUGAUCCUCAUGGAGGGCGGGCGGCUGCUGGCUGCCGGCUGCAACAAGAAUAACAAGCUGGGCAUCAACUCCACCUUUGGCAUUUUUCGCCGCACAACCAUCGACCAGGCAGACGCGUUUACGCUCGUCAACAGCAUCACGGGGCGCGGCAAGGCCGUGCACGUGGCACUGGGGGAGAGCAACACGUGCGUGGUCACGGAAACGGGCAAGUGCUACACCAUGGGCAGCAACAAGCAGGGCGAGCUGGGCAAUGGGACGUGCAAGCCGCUCAAGGCGUGGGAGAAGCCAAAGUCUGUCAAGUACACGCUGGCCGACUACCAGGUGAAGCAGGCAGCGGUGGGCAACGGGUUUGUGGUGGUCUCUGCCAUUGGCAAGGACGUCGUCACCAAGCACGGCGUCAUGUCGCUGGACGACUACACGCGCCUGUUUGCGUGGGGCCUGGGCUUCAAGCCCAAGGAGUGCCAGGACGAAACGGUGGAGGACCUGACACAGCCCAGCUGGAUUCGGCUGACGGGGAUGGACGACUUGCCGUCCGAUGAAGAAGAGCAGCACAUGAUGGAGGCGAUUGACGAGGAUGGUGGGGACCUUGACGGUGAUGGUGGUAGUGAUGACGAUGGUGGUGGUGGUGGUGGUGGUGGUGGUGGUGGUGGUGGUCGGGGGAAGAGGAAGAAGAGGAAAAAGCGAAGGAGAAAAAGGGAGAGGGAGAAGAAAGAGAUGGAAGCUAAGGAGAAGGAGAAGAAGAUGGCAAAGGACAGCGCGGCGCGGGAUGCGGCUGGUGCGCAGGGUGAAAACACAGGUUCUGGGAAGGACGGGACAACGCAAAAUGCCGCACAAGCACCGGUGGAAAACAGCGACCGUGCUGCCACCAACGGUGAUGGUGGUGUUAGUGAUGAAGAGACGCUUGCAGACGUUGAGGGAGAUGGUGGUAACGCUGAUGGUGGCAGCGAUGAUGGCGACGAUGAUGAUGAUGGCAACUCGACAACGUCGCGACUGUCCAUGGAUCUGAUUAGCAUCGUGCGUGGUAUCGCCGCCUGCAAACACCGCAUUGCUGUGCUGAUGGAGAUUCCGUCGGACCCGCUCGAGUCUGUGCUGGGGAUGACGAUGCGCACGCAAUCGUUCCGGCAGAACAUGAGCCAGGGCGGGGACGCCGGCAUGGGCGUGGCAAACGACAUUUCGCUGGACGAGAAGGGUGAGGCACUCGUUUCCUCGUCGCAGACGUGGCUGGCAGAGGAUUUGACAUCGGACCCCUUUGAUGAGGCAGCGGGCGCGCAGACCAAGGAGCAGGGCAAGCAGCAGCAGCAGCGUGGGGAGGCGGACGCCCGAGCAACACCGUCCAAGGCGCGUGUGGAGAGCGGCCUGCAGUCGAAAGGACACACGCCUGCAGAACCAUCAAGACGGCGCCCACCACCGCCGCCAACACGCCUCCCGCCAAACAGGUCGCCCAGUGUACAUGGUGCUGGGCACGGUGUGAGGCCAGCACCAGCACCGGCACCGCUGCGGCGACAGGCGAGCACGGCGAGUCGCGCGUCCAUUGGCAUUCGCCGGCCGAGCCUGCCAUCCACGCCACCAUCCAUCGCAGCGCCUUUCUUCCCAGUACUGGACAGGAGGAGCACGCAGCUGCCCAAGGUCGGGCAGGGCGCCAUGGCUGCCAUCCGCACACCCAUCAACUCUCGAUCGCAGAGCAUCAAGCUGCGCACCAGCAGCACCGUAACGGUGCUGCAGAAGAUGACUCGCCCAAGCGUGGGCGGGGCAACAGGCGCACAGCAGACGAACACAGCGACGGCGGCAACAGCUGUGGGGACGGCAGCAGCGCCGUCGCGGCAGUCGGCGCAAGGAUCAUUUGUGCAGAACCCGACGCUCAAGGCGCCUGCAGUUGCACUACCCAGCCCCGCACGCAACACGGGCGGUGGGGGUGAUGGCAGCAGCGGGGACCGUGGUGGUGCGCGAGGAGGAAGUGGGGGCGUAGGAGGCGGUGGGGUACAGAGGGUUGCAGGGAAAGAGGGUGGCGGUGUGCAGAGUCGUCGUGCGUCCAACGCGACAGCACAAGCAACCAAUGUUUUGGCGGCAAAUGAAGGUGGUGCUCAAGGCAAGCAACGUCAAGAUCUGGCACAGCAGAAGCGAACACGUUCAUCGGGGCAACAACAACAGCAACAACAGCAGCAGCAGCAGGGCCGUGUUGUCCCAGCGUUACGCAAGCAGUCUGUUGGCUCGCGCGCUUCUGUGAGCUCUGUGGCGGAUGGCAACAAGGCCAAGGCGCCCUUGCAGGUGCCUCGCGUUGUGGCAUCUGAGAAGAAGGCGCCUUCUGCAGACACGAAGCAGGAUGGGCAGCACACGCCGCAGCAGCGACAGCCGACACAGCAGGGCGGCAAGCCGGCCGUUGUUCCACCAGACCAACCAGCAGCAACAACAACAAAAUCAGCAACAGCAGCCGCAGAAACUGCGGCAUCGACGCCAGCAGACAAACAAGCAGACGACACGACAAGUUCGCCGUUGGCAACUCGCCGCGUGCCGCCUGCUCUGCAAAUGCCGGGUCGCCCAGCCAUAGGCGAUGACAGCGCCCCUGCUUCCUCCGCGUUGUCCACAACCGUCGCCGCUCCUCCAGCGUUCACGGCACCGCCCGCACCUAAGGGCAUCACCAACCCUAUUGCAACUGCUGGAUCGUCGUUCACAAGUAGUGUCCCGCCAUCACCCAUUCGUGCAAACAACGGCACGAGUGGGACCACGGGAACAAAGCCGGGCUCACGGACGCCCUCCAGCCGCAACAUGUCACUGCUGAGAGCGGACCUGAAGGCCAAGGACAAGCAAAUUGAGGACCUGCAAGCGCAGGUGGAUGAGUUGAAGCGGCUGGUUGUUGCGCCGCCGGCAGGACAAUCACCACAUCAGGCCCAGCAACCAGGAAAGCAGCUUGCCGCUUCCCAGAAAGGUCGAAGAGCAGUUUCUUCGUUUUGCAAUUUAUCGUGAUUGUGCAACGUGCACAGAUAUCAAACGUUUGGGCCUGCAGGACGGCAGUGUGCGUUCCUGAUUGGUUGGUCACGCCACUUCCCAGUGGCACUGCACGCCAGAGCAGUCACAUCUAGGCUUGUGUGUCGAAUCUCGCGUGUUCGUGUACCACCUCGCUCGUUGUGUGUGUCGAAUCUCGCGUGUUCG